AUGGGUCUCUUGGAAGAUUUGAACCUCAAGCCUGGCGUCCUCUAUGGCGAUGAUGUCCUCAGCCUCUUCAACUAUGCCAGGGCCAAGGGCUUCGCCAUCCCCGCCAUCAACGUCACUUCCAGCUCCACGGUCGUCGCUGCUCUCGAGGCUGCCAAGGACGCGAAGUCUCCCAUCAUCCUCCAGGCUUCCCAAGGUGGUGCUGCCUUCUUCGCCGGAAAGGGCAUCGCCGAUUCCUCCGAGAAGCGCGAGGCUUCCGUCGCUGGUGCCAUCGCUGCCGCCCACUUUAUCCGCGCCGUUGCUCCCAUUUACGGCGUCCCCGUCAUUCUCCACACCGACCACUGCGCUAAGAAGCUUCUUCCCUGGCUCGAUGGCAUGCUCGACGAGGACGAGCGAUUCUUCAAGGAGCAUGGCACUCCUCUCUUCAGCAGCCACAUGAUCGAUCUCUCCGAGGAGCCUGUUGACUGGAACAUUGAGACCACUGCCAAGUACCUCAAGCGUGCCGCUCCCAUGAAGCAGUGGCUCGAGAUGGAGAUUGGUAUUACCGGCGGUGAGGAGGAUGGCGUGAACAACGAGGAUGUUGACAACGCGUCGCUCUACACCCAGCCCGAGGAUAUCUGGAAGGUCCACUCCACCCUUUCCGCCAUCUCCCCCUACUUCUCUAUUGCCGCCGGCUUCGGUAACGUCCACGGUGUCUACAAGCCUGGCAACGUCAAGCUCCACCCCGAACUUCUCGGCAAGCACCAGGCCUACCUCAAGCAGCAGCUCAAGACUGAGGACGACAAGCCCACUUUCUUCGUCUUCCACGGUGGUUCCGGCUCUGCCGUCUCGGAGUUCCAGACCGCCAUCUCCAACGGUGUUGUAAAGGUUAACAUCGAUACUGAUACCCAGUGGGCCUACCUUUGCGGCGUCCGUGACUUUGUCACCAAGAACAUCGACUACCUCAAGACCCAGAUCGGAAACCCCGAGGGUGAGGACAAGCCCAACAAGAAGAAGUACGAUCCUCGUGUCUGGAUCCGCGAGGGUGAGAAGACGAUGACGGCGCGCGUCAAGCAGGCCCUCGUGGACUUCUACGCCGCUGGUGUCUUGUAA